AGAGUUGUGAAAGUCUGAACAAAGACUCACACAGAGAGCAAAAGUACGAGUUGGAAAUGUGAGAAAGCGUCAAGGACGAGAGAGAGAGAGAGAGAGAGAGAGAGAGAGAGAGAGAGAGAGAGAGAGAGAAAGAAAGUGAAUGAGUCUAUGCUUGAUGCCACACCUCCCUCUCUACACACCAGCACAGGGUCUCAGACAGAGAAAAGGAGCGAGAUAGAGAAGGACGAGAGAGACUGUAACUACGACUGAGUGGAAUUACAGAUUGCUGGACGUCCCGUGUCUCUCACACACACAGAUGCACCCAGUGAUGAGAUGAUAGACUGAUAAUAAAGAAGAGCUGAAGCCAUGUCGUUCUUUGGCCUUGACUGUGUGAAAAAAAAAGAGAAAGAGACAGAGAGGAAGAUUCGGGCAAACGACAGGGAAUACAACCUCUCUUUUAGAUAUGCGACUAACGGGAUCAAGACCUCGAAAUACAACGUUCUGACGUUCCUCCCCCUCAACCUGUUUGAGCAGUUUCAGAGGAUUGCCAAUGCUUACUUCCUCUGCCUGCUAGUCCUCCAGGUGAUUCCUGCCAUCUCUUCUCUCUCAUGGUUCACCACAGUUGUACCACUCGCUCUGGUGCUGACUGUAACAGCUGUCAAAGAUGCAAUUGAUGAUAUAAAUCGGCACAAGAGCGACCGUCAGGUAAACAACCGCAAAGCAGAGGUGCUGAUCAAUGGAGAGCUUAGAAGUGAGAAAUGGAUGAAUAUUCAAGUGGGCGACAUCAUCAGACUGGAGAACAACCAGUUUGUCACAGCUGACCUUCUCCUCUUGUCUAGCAGUGAGCCCAUGAACUUGGUUUACAUUGAGACUGCUGAGCUUGAUGGGGAGACCAAUCUGAAAGUGAAGCAGGCUCUAACAGUAACAGGAGAAAUGGGAGGGAGUGUUGAGGCCCUGGCUGCAUUUAAAGGAGAGGUGAUCUGUGAACCUCCUAAUAACCGCUUGGACAGUUUCUUAGGGACGCUGGUGUGGAAGGGACACAAACAUCCGCUGGACAAUCAGUGCGUGUUGCUCAGGGGCUGCACUCUCCGAAACACGUCAUGGUGCUUUGGCAUGGUGCUGUUUGCUGGUCCUGACACUAAGCUGAUGCAGAAUUGUGGGAAAUCCAGUUUCAAGAGGACGAGUAUCGACCGUCUGAUGAAUGUCCUUGUUCUGUUUAUCUUUGGAUUCUUGGUGUUGAUGUGUGUGAUCCUGGCAGUGGGUCACGGUAUCUGGGAACACUACGAGGCCAGUUAUACCACUUACAUUCCUCGAGAGCGAAACGUGGGUGCUGCCUUCUCAGCCUUCCUCACAUUCUGGUCCUACAUCAUCAUCCUCAAUACUGUUGUACCCAUAUCACUCUAUGUCAGUAUGGAGGUAAUCCGUCUGGGAAACAGUUACUACAUUAACUGGGACAGACUGAUGUAUCAUGAGCGCAGCGACACGCCGGCCGAGGCUCGCACGACAACACUGAACGAAGAACUCGGACAGAUCAACUACAUCUUUUCUGACAAGACCGGCACUCUCACACAGAACAUCAUGAACUUCACCAAGUGUUCCAUCGGGGGCAAGACUUACGGAGAUGUGAUUGAUCAUUACACAGGACAAAGACUAGAGAUCUCAGAGGACAUGCUCCCUGUGGAUUUCUCCUUUAAUGAUCUCGCUGAUCCAAAGUUCCACUUCUAUGAUGCUGCUCUUUUGGAGGCUGUGAAGCUUGGAACUCCACAAGUUUGCAGUUUCUUCAGGCUGCUUGCUGUCUGCCACACCGUCAUGCCUGAUGAGACCAACAAUGAGUUAGUAUAUCAGGCUCAGUCUCCAGACGAGGGCGCUCUGGUGACGGCGGCCCGUAAUUUUGGCUUUGUGUUCCGUUCACGCUCUGCGGAGUCUCUGUGUGUUCUGGAGCUGGGUGAAGAACGCUGCUACGAGCUACUCGCCAUCCUCGACUUCAACAACGUCCGCAAGAGGAUGUCCGUCAUCGUGCGUAGUCCAGAGGGACAACUGUCACUGUACUGUAAAGGAGCAGACACCAUUGUUUACGAGAGACUGGAUAAAACCUGCAGCAAAUUGAUGGAUCUCACCACAGAACACCUGAACGAAUUUGCUGGGGAGGGUCUGCGCACACUGGUCUUGGCCUAUAAAGACCUGGAUGAGCAGUAUUUCUCUGAGUGGAGACAGCGGCAUCAUGAGGCGAGCACCAUGCUUGAGCAACGGGAAGAAAAGCUAAAUGACCUGUAUGAAGAGAUUGAAAGAGACCUGCAGUUACUUGGAGCCACUGCGAUCGAGGACAAGCUCCAGGAUGGUGUGGCGCAGACCAUCGAGCAGCUGACCAAGGCCGACAUCAAGAUCUGGGUGCUGACUGGAGACAAGCAAGAAACCGCGGAAAACAUCGGCUACUCCUGUAACCUGCUGCGAGAGGAGAUGACAGAUGCCUUCAUCAUCUCUGCAAACUCACACGAGGAAGUCAGGAAAGAACUCCGAGACGCUCGACUGAAGAUGCUUCCAGAUUCAAGUGAGGAAGCGUCUUUCAUCUCAGAAAGCAUUCUGGGUAAUGAGCCGAAAGUGGUGCAUGAUGAGAUCGUGAGUGGUGAUUUCGGCCUGGUUAUAAACGGCCAUAGCCUGGCAUACGCCCUGGAGCACAGUAUGGAGCUGGAGUUCCUGCGUACAGCCUGUAUGUGUAAGACGGUGAUCUGCUGUCGUGUCACUCCUCUUCAGAAGGCUCAGGUGGUGGAGCUGGUUAAGAAAUACAAAAAGGCCGUCACUCUGGCUAUAGGAGAUGGUGCUAAUGACGUCAGCAUGAUUAAGGCGGCUCAUAUCGGAGUGGGGAUCAGUGGGCAGGAGGGCAUGCAGGCUGUACUGUCCAGUGAUUUCUCCUUCGCUCAGUUCCGUUACCUGCAGCGCCUCCUGCUGGUGCACGGUCGCUGGUCCUACCUGCGCAUGUGCAAGUUCCUACGUUACUUUUUUUACAAGAACUUCACCUUCACCUUUGUGCACUUCUGGUACGCCUUCUUCUGUGGGUUCUCUGCCCAGACAGUGUAUGAUCAAGCCUUCAUCGCACUCUAUAACCUGAUGUACACAGCACUCCCGGUAUUGGGAAUGGGCCUUUUUGACCAGGAUGUGAACGACAGCUGGGGUCUGGAGUACCCUCAGCUUUAUUGUCCAGGUCAGCUGAGUGUGUACUUUAACAAGGGAAUUUUUGUGAAGUGUGCACUCCACAGCUGCUACAGCUCUCUGGUGCUGUUCUUUGUGCCCUAUGUUACCCUAAAUGACACCGCUGACUACCAGUCAUUUGCCCUGCUCACACAGACAUGCCUCAUCAUCACUGUGUGUGUUCAGUUGGGUUUGGAUCUGUCAUACUGGACAGCAGUGAAUCACCUGUUUGUGUGGGGGAGUUUAGGGAUGUAUUUCCUCGUCACCUUUGCUAUGCAGAGUGACGGACUGCACAAACUCCAGCCGGGAUCCUUCACCUUCAUAGGCACUGCACGAAACACUCUGGAUCAUCUCAACGUUUGGUUGGCGAUUGUCCUGACGGUCGUAUUGUGUGUGCUACCAGUGCUCUGUCACCGCUUCCUGUACAGCCAAUUCAUUCCCACUAUAAAUGACAAGGUGAGGUUUAUGGUGCACCAGAUGAAGGCCCAGCCUCCUCCUCCUCGCCGCCGCACCAGGAUUCGCCGCUCUAGCACUCGACGCUCGGGCUACGCUUUCUCUCACACUCAGGGCUACGGUGACCUUGUCACCUCCAAAUGGUUCCUACGCCGACAGGCCACACCCCGAGCCACUGGGUUCAUGCCCACAAGCCGCACAGCCCGGUUCAGCCCGACCGGGAAACAGCAGAACUCUAAACAGGAGGUGGAACCCCCGCAGCUCCAGAACUAUCGCGUUGUAAAAGACUCUGCAUUUUAGAAGUGACGCUUUGUGAUGGACACGAAGAACAAUAAUUAGAAUUGGGUUCUAACAGAAACAUCAGGGACUGCAGUGAGGCAGGAGCAAUAUUUAGGUUCCUAAAAGCAAAAUUUAGUGCUUGUUUUAAAGAUUAAAAAUGCUGGUGGAGGUUCUGGAACUCUGAUCAGACAUCCAGUGCUCCACCUUAUCAGGAUAUUGAGUAAGUGAAGGAUGUUGUUGAAGAAUCAGUAUGAGACAUCAGCUCCUGAUUCAAAAGGAAGAAACCCAAAACUGAUCACCAUUUGACCCAUGUUCCAAUACCAACAUUUGAAGUCGGUUUCAGAACCAACAAUGUGUUCCGUGAAUUACAGAAGGUUGAUGUUCAGGUCUGAUAAAUGAAAGCAAGAGUUCUAGCAUUCUAAAAAGAGAAGCUGGCAGCAGGACCUGAACUUAGCUUGAGAACCUAGAAUGAGAGUCAUCACUGUGUUUUAGGAGCAACAGUUAGGUUGGACUUCACAUUUUCUUUAACACCAUUUGGCAACCAACAGCAGGGUUUCUGGAGCAGUGUUUACAUGGUUCUGCUGUUCUACAGAACAGACCCCAAAACAGGAUGCCCACACACCAAAGAGAACCGGAUGUCGUCUAAACAUACAAAAACCUAAGACGAUGUUUAGAUUAUAAAUCUGUGGUUCUGAUACAUAUGAAUAUUUGUUAUUUUACAUUCCAUUAUAUAACUGUUACACAAUAUCACCUACAUGUAUAAAUAUGUUCACACACACACACACACACACACACAGAGAUUGUAGUACCAGGUUUCACACUUUCCUCAGAACUAUAGAAUAAGGGCACUAGCAGGAGAGGCUUUUUACUUCCUAAAGGAGGGAACAUCAAGGGUAGAACCAAUGCCUCGACAUCAUCAGUCAGUCAUGGACGUGUCCCCAAUCACACACUCUGCAGAUAUAUCCCAAACCCCCGCAGGUGUGGCACACGGGUGCAUCUUUUAUCUGAACAACACUGCAGUACACCAUGAGAUUUCAUCAGCACAGCUGGACAUGUGACGUGACAUACGGCUAAGUAUGGUGACCCAUACUCAGAAUUCAUUCUCUGCAUUUAACCCAUCCAAAGAACACACACACCAUUUAUGCUGCGGUGCCCGGUGAGCAGUUGGGGGGGAUUCUGUGUCUUGGCUCAAGGGCACCUCAGUCAUGGCUGGCCCAAGACUCGAACCCACAACCUUCGGGUUACGAGUCAGACUCUCUAACCGUUAGGCCACGACUGCCACGAUGUGCUGGGGACACCAAGGUUUAGAGUCACGUGAAACCAAAGUCGCACUUUACCUAACACUAAAGACUGAAGUCAAAUGACACCAGACCUGAACACAACUCAGUGUUGUGAUUUUAGUCAUAAAACAGGUGUGGAAACCUGCAUGACGUGACCAGUAAGUGCCUUAAAAAAUAGUAUUAUUUACAUGAGAUCGUCCAUGACUUCAUUGCCGCUACACCAAACCCCAGAUGUUUUAGGUUAUUACUGAGUUUUUAGAUCUGUUACAUUUCCAAUUUUUUACUUUCAGUUUUGAUGUUAUGUUUUAGUUUUUUUUUUUUACCUCUGUAAUCAAGCCACUUCUACUGUUUCCCAAUUCUGUAGUCUUGUGUCUUUAACAAACAACAGAAACGCUCAGGUUAAAUGUAAUUUGUCAAUCAAAAACAAAAUCAUGUGACGUGUGACACCACAAAGCUCCCUCUUUUUUUUUACUCAGUGUUUACUUACAGUUUAGCAACGUUAUCUAAACUAGUAACUAUUAACUAGUAACUAGUGUAGUAACUCACAUUAGCUAGUGUAGUAACAAACAUUUAACUAGUGUAGUAAUUAAACUACACGAUGGCUUAGUGGUUAGCACAUUCGCCUCACACCUCCAGGGUUGGGGGUUCAAUUCCCGCCUCUGCCUUGUGUGUGUGGAGUUUGCAUGUUCUCCCCGUGCCUCGGGGGUUUCCUCCGUGUACUCCGGUUUCCUCCCCCAGUCCAAAGACAUGCAUGGUAGGUUGAUUGGCAUCUCUGGAAAAUUGUCCGUAGUGUGUGAUUGUGUGAGUGAAUGAGAGUGUGUGUGUGCCCUGCAAUGGGUUGGCACUCCUUCCAGGGUGUAUCCUGCCUUGAUGCCCAAUGACGCUUGAUUUGGCACAGGCUCCCCGUGACCCGAGAAUAGUUCAGAUAAGCGGUAGAAAAUGAGUGAGUGAGAGAGUAAUUAAACUAGUGUAGUGAAGUGAUCAGCUUUGUGAUUGACGUGUCAGAGGUAACUUAACCUCCUACGACCUGGUGUCCACAUAAGUGGACAUUACUGCAUCUAAAAUGCAAGGCCAAACCAAUGCUCGGGUCUUAGGAGGUUAAAGGAUACAUACCAAAGUGACAAAAGUAAUGUUCUAGCAUAGUGUUCAUAGCAUGUUACACAUGCUUUAAUAUGUUGCUAACAAAGUUUCCAUGAUAUAUAAGUCUAAUUCAUUACAUUGCCAGAUUUCCAUAAAAGAGCAGAAAUCACUUUACUCCUUAGAACCUGCUGAGGUCAUUAUUAAACACUCCGAGCGUAGACCAUGGGUGUGGUUUGGGCAAGACAGGUUACUUAGCACCCUAUAAAGUAUAGACCUGGCACUGUGUGUGUAUGUGUGUGUGUGUGUGUGUGUGUGUGUGUGUGUGUGCGUGUGUGUGUGUGCGUGUGCGUGUGUGUGUGUGAUACAUUUCCAUUUUUCCUUUUAAAAGGUAAGACACCUGAAAACCUGGGAAUCAAUACUGGUGAUGAUUUAAUGAACAAAAUAUUAUGUUUCUAUUUUUAUUACAGAUGUUUGUAUAAAUUAAAGCUUUUUAUAUCCAGAAA